AUGGCGAUUGCUUUGGCUGAAGCGGACAAGUAUGACAUCUUGGAGAAGAUUGGAUGUGGCUCCUUCGGCAUCAUUCGCAAAGUCAAGCGGAAAUCCGAUGGAUUCAUAUUAUGCCGCAAGGAGAUCAACUACAUCAAAAUGUCCCAGAAGGAACGGGAACAGCUCACGGCCGAGUUCAACAUCCUGAGCUCCCUUCGACACCCCAACAUCGUCGCAUACUACCACCGGGAACACCUCAAGGCCAGUCAGGAUCUGUACCUGUACAUGGAAUACUGUGGUGGGGGAGACCUGGGAAUGGUUAUCAAGAACCUGAAGAAGACAAACAAGUACGCCGAGGAGGAAUUCGUCUGGCGUAUUCUCUCCCAGCUCGUCACGGCCCUGUUCCGGUGCCACUAUGGUGCCGACCCGGCCGAUGUGGGAUCAAACAUCCUUGGGCCCGCCUCCAAGCCUGCUGGACUCAAGGGCAAGCAGGGCCAGGUGACGAUCCUGCACCGCGACCUCAAGCCCGAGAAUAUCUUCCUGGGCAGCGAUAGCACGGUCAAGCUGGGCGACUUUGGGCUGUCUAAACAGAUGCAAUCACACGACUUCGCGUCAACGUACGUGGGCACGCCAUUCUACAUGUCGCCGGAGAUCUGUGCCGCCGAGAAAUACACCCUACGUUCUGACAUUUGGGCGGUCGGUUGUAUCAUGUAUGAGCUGUGCCAGAAGGAGCCGCCAUUCAAUGCCCGGACACACAUCCAACUCGUCCAAAAGAUCCGCGACGGGAAAUUUGAUCCCCUUCCUGAAAUCUACUCGCCGGAGCUCAAGAACGUUAUAGGAAGCUGUCUGCGGGUUAACCCAGACCAUCGUCCUGACACUGCUGCUCUGAUCAAUCUCCCCAUAAUCCGUCUAAUGCGCAAAGAGAAAGAGGUGGUUGAUCUUGGAAAGACCCUACGCAAGCGCGAGGAAGUGGCUGUCCAGAAAGUCCGGGAGAUGGAACAAAACCUCGCCAAAAUGGAGAAGGAGAAGCAGCAGCUCAAGGCCGACAUCGAGAACACUGUCCGCCGAGAAUGGGAGGUCAAGGCCCGGCUGGAGAUCGACCGGCAAGUACAGGACGAACUGGACCGACUCCGAAAGAAGUUUGAGUCUGAGGUUCAAGAGCGAGUCGCAAUUGAGGUAGAGAAACACAAGAGCAACGGCAAUGCCCCUCCCCCUGUACGAGACGAUAGCUUCCGCACGAGCAGACAAGGCUGGCGAUCAUCUCGAAGCAGUGGUCAAGGCUCCCGGUCCUCUAGCAGCAUGACCGAAGAGUCGGAUGCCCCGUCGAGCAUCGACCUCAGCCAGGUCUCCCUCGAGUCGCCCACUUCACAGACCAGGAAACCCCCAAAGCGGGAGGCACGCACACCAUUCUGCCGGUCGAAGACGGUGGUCGAGUCACCGAUGGAUGUCCAGAUGGGCGAGCCCUCUCCCAUCUCCAUCGCUUCGCUUUCCCUAUCACCGCGUCGCACCUCUGCUGCCGGAGGCGGCCGCAACAUCUUCGCCGAGGGCGAGCAAAAGAAAGCCAAAUGGGAGCCCACACUGGCGUAUUCCGACGACGAAGAUGACACACCCGAUCUACCCUCGCCCACACGGCCCAAGGUGAAGCCUGACCCCUUCAAAGCGCCUCCACGCCCCCUCCUGCGCCAAAACACCGCGACCUUCAUGCAGAAACUGAGCACCCAGCCACCUCUCUUCCCAUCGAACGGCUCUCGUCUUCCUCAAGUGUCGCCUUCCGGCCCCGCUCCCCCUUCGCAGCCGGAAUCCCGAAACGCCGCGAGCGAGAGCAGGGGCAGGUCGCCUCAUCGGCGCCUCUCCAAGAUCCCAUCCUCUUCCAACCUGGCUGCCGACGCCGGAUCUGGGUCUCCCACUCGCAGGAGCGCCUCGAAGCCUUCUUCCAAGACAGCAACCGGCGGAGGUGAGGAGAUGUUCAAGGCUGUCAUGCAGCGGAACAUGGGGGGUCGCACUCUCGUGGAACUCGCACAGGCACGAGCCGGGGGUCGUCCAGUGGAUGAUUUCAAGCGCUGUGCCAGCGACUCUAAAGCUACUGGCUCCUGCUCGAGUUUGAAAUCAUUAGACCGUGAACCACCUGCUGUCUGGGAUCCCGAGCGCGACGAGAUGCCCAGCCCCUUCCUGGCUCGCGGGAAGAAGGUCAUUCGCAAUCUGCGGUGA